UGUCGCGCAGCCUACGGAUGCGGGCAGCCGGCCGUGCCGCCCCAGCUGGGCACCCGCGUGGUGGGCGGUGAGGAUGCCGUAGCCCACAGCUGGCCGUGGCAGAUCUCGCUGCAGUACAGCCGCAACGGGGGCUGGAGCCACACGUGUGGUGGGACCCUCAUCGCCCCCAGCUGGGUGCUGACGGCCGCCCACUGCAUCAGCUCGAGCCUGACGUACCGCGUGGUGCUGGGUGAGUACGACCUGACCGCAGAGGACGAUGGCGCCGUGGUGGCGGACGUGGAGAAGCUCAUCGUGCACGAGAACUGGAACUCCUACUUCGUCAUCAACGACAUCGCCCUGAUCAAGCUGACGCAGCCGGUGCAGGAGAGCGUGAGCAUCCAGGCAGCCUGCUUGCCGCCCAGCGGCCUGGAGCUGCCCAACGACUACCCCUGCGAAAUUACCGGCUGGGGACGCCUCUGGAGUAAGCAGGGGGCGGCCGUGGGGGUGGGGGGGGAAUGGGAUGGGGACCGGGCGCCGCAGGUGCGAGGCGAGGCUGUCGUUGCAGCGAACGGGCCCCUGGCUGACGUCCUGCAGCAGGCGCUGCUGCCGGUGGUGGACUACAGCACCUGCUCGCAGAGCGACUGGUGGGGCGGCCUGGUGCGCACCUCCAUGGUGUGCGCGGGUGGCGACGGCGUCGUCUCGGGCUGCAACGGGGAUUCGGGCGGCCCCCUGAGCUGCCAGCGCGACGGGCUCUGGGAGGUGCACGGCAUCGUCAGCUUCGGCUCCUCCUGGGGCUGCAACACGUUCAAGAAGCCGACCGUCUUCACGCGGGUGUCUGCCUACAUCGACUGGAUCAACGAGAAAAUCAGUGCCAACUGAGGACGUGCAGCCGGUGUCGCCUACCGUGGAGCUUCGGGCAUGCAAUAAAGAGAAAUAACCGGC